GGCGGCUCGUCCCCCGGUUGGUCCCCCGGUUGUCGGCUCCCCGCGCGGGGUGAGGGGCGGGCAGGUGGGCGAUGAAUGGGUUCAGCACCGAGGAGGACAGCCGGGAUGGGCCGCCCGCCGCCCCCUUUUACGGCCAGAGCUGCUGCCUCAUCGACGACGGGGACCGCUGCGUGCGCCCCGCCGGCAACGCGUCCUUCAGCAAGAGGAUCCAGAAGAGCAUCUCGCAGAAGAAGCUGAAGCUGGACAUCGACAAAAGUGUGAGACAUCUGUACAUUUGUGAUUUUCACAAGAACUUCAUUCAGAGUGUUCGGAACAAGAGGAAGAGGAAGACGAGCGAUGAUGGAGGCGACUCUCCUGAGCACGACACGGAUGUUCCAGAGGUUGACUUGUUCCAGCUCCAAGUGAACACCCUGCGACGUUACAAGCGACAUUAUAAGCUGCAGACUAGGCCUGGACUCAACAAGGCUCAGCUUGCAGAAACUGUCAGCCGUCAUUUCAGGAAUAUUCCAGUGAAUGAGAAGGAGACACUUGCAUAUUUCAUCUACAUGGUGAAGAACAACAAGAGCAGGCUGGACCAGAAAUCAGAAGGCAGCAAACAACUUGAUUGAAGAUUGACAAGGCUUGGAAUAAGAGAGACCUUGAAGGAACAUGUGGUAUUGUGCAUUUUAGGUUUAUAAAAACUGUUAAAAUAUAUUGUAAAUUUUUUUAAAUGCAGUGUCUGGAUGACAGAAAAAAAUAUAGACAUUCUUAUGAGGAGUAUUUGAAAACAUGUGCCCAUCAUGUUUCCGAAGACUGCUUCCCCUCAUUUCAAAGUCAUAUUGGAAUAAAGAAAUGAGGAUAAUGGGGAAACCAAAUAAAUCUGUAGAACUGUG